AUGCUCUUCUCCACUCUCUUGCUCUCACCAUUCACUCUAUCAGUCUCUUCAGUCUCGGACUCAUCUCAACGAAGACAUGAUGAUGAUAUCACCUCUUCAAACGCGGAGAACGAGCCGAUUGUCGACACUGGACUGAAAAAACAGACAAUCAAGCAGCUAUUCGAUGGAUGUGACACGCUGAGUGAGGCAAGAUAUCUUCUUCAACACCUGUUCGAUCUGUGCAUUGAUAAAGCAGCAAUGGCGGCAAAAGUGGAAGCUGAGUUUAAGGAAUGUACUGCCAGAAUCGAGCAACUCGAGCAACAAUCGUCGCUGAAAGAACAACUGCUCACUUCGAUGAUGGAGGACAAGAAUUUGGUUGAUGAAAUCGAAGGACUCGUGCCAACCGAUCUUCGUAAAAGUAGAACAUCAUCACAAAGUUCUCUAUUGAGAAGUGUUUCGCCAUCCGUUGUUGAAGAUUCACAUACUCUUCAAAACUACAAAGUCCGGAGACAUACUGCCACCCAAGAAGAACUUUUGUUCGCAGGUUCAGAUAUGAAUUCUUCCGAUGGAAAUGCCAAUCCGAUUGUUGAUACAACGGCCGGUGAUGUUGGAGGCGAUUCAGAAGAAAAGAAAGAUAAGAAAAAAAGAAUCGCCUUCGUUUCUACAUCGCCAGCAUCAACCUCAUUCUCCGCUACUCCAACAACUACUUCUUCUCCAUUCUCCCGUAAUACGCGUCUACGGAGUACUGUAGGAGGAGGAGUUCCCAACAAUAACAAUAUUCGAAAAAGUGUGCAGCCACCAACAGCUGUAAAUGGAAAUGGGAAAGGAUUGCCAGUGCGAAAAGGAAAGCAGAGCAGAAUCUUGCCGCUAAAAGAUGGAAGACGUGGCAAUAUUAUCACAAGAACCCACACUUUGGAAGGACAUGCCAGAGGAGUACUGUCAGUUGAUGUCUCAGAAAAUCUUAUGGUUACUGGAUCGAAAGAUCGAACUGCCAAAUUAUGGGAUAUAGAAGCUUGCCGCGAAAUUCGAGCUCUCGGUGUGCAUCCGAAUAAUGUUCACCUGGUCAAAUUUGUGCCGUUUUCGAACUAUGUGUUCACUUUCUCAAUGUACGAAGCACGUGCUUGGGAUUACCGCUCUCCCGAAUGUAUUUGUGUUAAAGUGCUGAAUUCGUCUGGACAGGUUAAUGAUGGUGAUUCAAUCAAUGCAUCACAAGUUAUGCCACGACAGAAUACCAUCCCAUUCCUUGAAACUGUAAUCACUGCUGCUGAUGUUGAUCCUACCGGACGUCAUCUAUUCACAUCAUUUGCUGCCUAUGUUCGAGUAUGGAACCUUAGUGAAUGGAAGCCUUUGGGUCGGCUGAAUGCAGCUUCCCAUUCUCCGAAAUCUGAAGUUUCAUGUCUUAAAACAACAUUAUCAUCAGAGGGAAGUAUUUUGGCAUACACUGGUUCACGUGACCAUUAUGUCAAAGAGUAUGAUGUCGGCUUUGGAACAGGAGUCAUCGAAUCGAAAUGCGAGUUUGCUCCACCUCAUUAUGACAAUGUUACCGCUGUUCUCCCUUUGAAUGGUCAUUUGUUCACUGCUUCUAAAGAUUUGAACAUAAUGAAGUUUUCAUUGAAGAACGGAAAACGUGAACACUUCGAAACGCGUGCUCAUCAACAGUACAUUCAAUCACUCACAGGCUUCGGACCAAAAGGAAAGGAGCUUCUCGUGUCAGCAUGUAAAGAUGGAACCCUUCGUUUCUGGGAUGUUGCUUCUUAUAGUGGAAUGAAACUCGUAGAAGAGUACUCAAAAGCGCACGAAGAAGGUAUCAGCGGCAUGUGUACCUCCAAAUCAAUGCUUUUCACAGCUUCUGGAGAUGCUACUGUUGGUUUCUGGAAGUCAAAUAUUGUCGAACAGUUUUAG